GGAGGUGGAGAUUCGUGAUGUGAACGACAACUCCCCCGUGUUCCCGGAGAAGGAGAUGGUUUUAGAGAUUCUGGAAACGGCAUCCCCUGGGUCCCGUUUCCCUCUGGAAAGCGCCCAAGACCAGGACGUGGGCAGUAACGGCUUGCAGAACUACAGCCUUGGAUCAAAUUUACAUUUCUCCCUCGCUCUGGAAACAGGGAAAAAUGGAAUGAAAUAUGCUGAGCUCAUCCUACAGCACCAGCUGGACCGCGAAGAACAGCGAGAGAUGAAUUUACUUAUCACGGCCACCGACGGGGGGUCGCCACCCAGGUCAGGGACGGCUCAGGUCCGGAUCGUGGUGAUGGAUGCCAAUGACAACACCCCAGUCUUCGCUCGGGAGGUCUACGAGGUGCGCGUGACCGAGAACAGCCCUCCGGAGCAGCUGGUGGUCAGAGUAACGGCCGCUGAUCCCGACGAAGGGUCCUACGGGAAAGUGCGGUACGCCUUCACCCAGACAACGGAGCGGUCCCGGCAGCUCUUCGAGCUUAACCCCGCCACCGGGGAGAUACGGGUAGCGGGCAACCUGGAUUUCGAGGAAGCGAAAACCCACGAGAUGGUGGUAAAAGCCACUGACGGCGGGGGGCUGUCGGCGCAUUGCAAAGUGCAGGUGGAGAUCCUGGACAUGAAUGACAACGCUCCGGAGAUCUCGCUCACCUCCCUCACAGCCUCUAUCGCUGAGGCCGCUCCUCCCCUCACCGUGGUGGCCCUGUUCAUUGUGCAGGACCGGGACUCCGGGGACAACGGCAGGACAGAGUGUUCGAUCGACGGGGACUUGCCCUUCAGUCUCACCCGGACGUUUGAUAACUGCUACGAACUGAGAACAAACGCGGUCCUGGACAGGGAGACGACAGCAGAAUACAACAUCACCAUCACAGCCACGGACUGGGGCACGACGAGGCUCAGCUCCCGGAAAAACCUCUUUGUGCAGAUAUCGGACGUGAAUGAUAAUUCCCCAGAGUUCACCCAGGAGGGUUAUACCAUGUCGGUCACUGAGAACAACAGCCCCAUGCUCCGGAUAGGCAGCGUGAACGCCACGGACGCCGACGCGGGGAGCAACGCCCGCAUAAACUACGCGCUGGUGCAGCAGGAAGGCAAGGAGAAGCCCGUCGUGUCGGUCAACUCAGAAAAUGGGGAUGUUUAUAUCCUCCGCCCGAUGGACUACGAGGAGGUGCGCGCCUUCGAGGUGGCGGUACGAGCUACCGACGGCGGCUCGCCGCCCCUCAGCGCCCAGACUGUGCUGCGCGUGGUAGUGCGGGACGAGAACGACAACGCACCUCUCGUGCUGCACCCACCUCCCGAUAGCAGUGCUGCGACGGGUGAGCUGGUGCCGCGCUGGGCUCGGGCAGGCUACCUGGUGGCCAAGGUGGUGGCGGUGGACUCGGACGCGGGGCAGAACGCGUGGCUGUCGUACGAGCUGGCAAAGGCAUCGGAGCCGGGGCUGUUCCGCGUGGGGCUGCACAGCGGCGAGGUGCGCACGGUGCGGGCCGUGUCAGAGAAGGACGCGUCCCGGCAGAGGCUGGUCGUCCUGGUGCGGGACCAGGGGCAGCCGCCGCGCUCCGCCACUGCCACCCUCGGCAUCACCCUCGUGGACGGCUUCUCCGAUGCCCAUCUGCGAGUGAGCGAGGAGGUACCAGCAUCUGAGCCAGACGGGCCGCUGACUCUGUACCUCAUUUCCUCCCUGGCCUGCGUGUCGGCGCUAUUUCUGGCCACCGCGGUGGGCGCCUUAGCCAUGAAGGUGCGGCAGGCCAGGCAGAGUGAAGUGGAGUCCUUGCCCACGUUUCCGACGGCUUCCACAGAUAGCAACGAGGGCUCCCUGCCCCGCAGCUACCUGUACGACGUCUGCUUCGCCACUGGGACCGUCAACAGCGAGUUUCGGUUCCUAAGGCCCCUCUUGCCCUGCUUCCCCGCCGGGCUGCCCGCCGGCCAGGGCGAACAGCGGAGUUCGGUGUGCUCACAAGACGCGGCUAUCCCCGGAGAGGGAGGCGGCUGGUCUGCACAGGGCAAAGCUCCCCUCCCCGAAGGUGUGGGUCCAGGCCCCGCAGAAGCAGCCUGCACUGCGAGCAGGGGGUUGGAGCUACAUGUCAGUUCUGAUCAAAACCCUUGACUCACCCGGUAGUAAGUGAAGAGAGAGACAAGCACGCCUGUCCUCAUUGAUGAACGUCCUCAGAGGGAAAAGGGAACAGAGACCAAACACCCACCAAAAAGUACCAGGGAGGUACAAAGCUUCCCUGUGUGAGCAAAACCACUCUUCUCUUGAGCAGUUCUUUAUUCAUGUAGGUAUUUUGUAAUUAUGAUAUGGAUGAAGGAGGAGAACUGUAACUCAUGAUGAUUACACCGAGACUUGUAUGAUUGUGAGAGUGCUACUGCUUCUAAAUGGGAAAUACUGAACACUGGAGGCAGGUCUUCAAGAUAACUUUUUCCCACAUAAUCUUUUAUUUGUUGUUGUUUGUUUGUUUUUCUUUUGGAGAGAAAUCUUUAACCAUGUCUUAAUUUUCUUCAGCCUGUUCAACACCAGGACAAGCAGAUACUAAACAAAAUGAAGUGGUGCUUGCAAAGAAAUUCCUUAGUAGCAAGCCGAAGCCGGUUACAUUAAAAACAGCUGAUAUUGGCACACUUUCUAUGUGUGACCAGAAAUUUACCGGGUCUCCAUAUUGUAAAGAGUGAGAUUACGCAAUGUAUUCAAUUUUAUUUUCCAUAACGUAAGGUUGGAAUUAACAUUUCAUCGAGUAGAAACUAGUAGAGAAUUAAACGUACCAUUUGUGGGUU